UAUAAGGAGCCUGUGGAGUCAUGUUCAGACUUUACAACAUGUUCAGGUUGUUUAGGUAGCAAGGAUCCGUACUGCGGUUGGUGUUUCUUGGAGAAAAAAUGCGGCACUAGAGAUACAUGCAGACCAACUAGUGAAUGGAUACCUGUCUCAAGCAAUGAAAAAUGUCCACAUGUUGUAAGCCUCAGUCCCAAAGUAAUGUCAGACAAGGAGAUACCAUUGCUCAAUAUAGAAGUUUCACAUGCAUUGUUAGAAGGUGUCCGUGUGUCCUGUGAUUUCUUCAGUGAUGAAAUAGGCGAACAAUUUCAUCAUAAUGUUACAGCAACAGUUUCUAAUGAAGGAAAGACUGUGAAAUGUAGGCCAACCAAUAUUUUGGCCAUAGAAGAUAGCAUAAAAGGUUUCUCGAAUGUUACAGUUGCAAUAUUAGCAAAUGAUUCUGACACUACAGUUCACGGGAAUUUUAUCAUAUACCGAUGUGAAACUUUUGACAGAUGUACAGGCUGUACAGCCAGCAACUGGACAUGUAAAUGGUGUACAUACAGUAACCAGUGUAUUGAUGAUGAUAGAAGCUGUGAUGCUGAUGACCGGGAAGUAAACUUCGGUGAAUGUCCACGUGUCACAGGUUAUACAAUGGUGUCAGAUGAUAGUGUUCUGCGAGAUGUCAAUGGCACCGUGUAUCUUUCACGAGAUAGCAGCUAUGACAUUAACAUAACUGGAACAAAUCUUCCAGUACCAAGUUCAGGACCAACAACAGACGUGUCCUACAAAUGUAAGAUAGUUGCAUCAGGAUCACAUAUUUUAUGGUUAAAUAGGACAGUCUUUGACGAGGGAGGUAGCUUCAUUUGUAAGAUUAACAAGGAGGAGAUGGCUUCUAUUCAAGGAACUAAAGGUAGACUGAGUGCCACUGUACAUGUGACAUGGGGAAUAUCUCCGGUAAACGGGGAUACAUUACCAGUUGUCAUUUAUGACUGCGAAAAUCUUGUCAACCCUUCCAAUAACUGUGGACGAUGCAAAAGUUUUGCAAUUUAUCAACCGUACUUACACUGCCAGUGGUGUAUGACCAGAUGUAUUGAUAGUGGGAUAUCCUGUAAUACUACAGAUUCUGAGUGCGAAGGUCCAAGAAUUUCUAAGGUAUAUCCACUGAGUGCACAUGUGAAUGCCACUACACUGAUUGAGAUUGAAGGCGUAAAUCUUGGUUCAGUCUACAACGAUACAGUCAAUGCCGUGACAAUAGCUGGUAUUCCAUGUACGUCUGUUGAAAGAAGCUAUGACCCUGGGAUAAAGAUAAUGUGUACACUAUCUCCAAGUUACAAGGUGAUGAAUGGCAGUGUUGUUAUUACACUCAGUAAUAACGCAACAGGACAAUAUACUAAACCUUUCUACUUCCGGGUCCCCGAGGUGACUUAUGUCGAGCCAUCUCUCGGUCCAUUGUCUGGAGGCACGUCUGUUACCAUAUAUGGAAAAUACCUUGAUACCGGCAGAGAAAAGACUGUCACGAUAGGGGAAAGAAUUUGCAGACUAAAUACAAACGGAGAAGGAACUUCUUAUUCGUUUAAAUCUUUCCAGAGAUAUAAUGAUUCCCAUUAUAUACUGCGAGCAGGGAGGAAAGGGAAAGACCUAACUAAACUUGAAUGCAGCACUACAUCUGAAGACCCAAGCAAAUUGAAUAAACCACUAGAUAUGGCGGUAGCCUUUGAUGGGGCAUAUGCCACAGUAAAUGAAAACAUCACAUACAGAUAUGUUACAGAUCCCAACAUCACAGCUAUAUUGCCAAGGAAAAGUUUCCAGUGUGGUGGGCGAACGCUGACUGUUAAGGGGACAAAUUUGAAUUCAAUUCAAAAACCGAAAAUAUACGCCGUUAUUGGUAGCAUGAAGAUGAAAUCAGAGGAAUGCAGAAGGGGUGAUAUCGAGGAAGUUAUUUAUUGUCCAAGUCCAACAUACACCGAGACACACGGGAAAAGAAAGAAAAGAAGUAGUGGUCCUAUACAGGCAAAGUUAGGAUUCGAGAUGGAUGAUGUAUCAUCAGUUACUGCUGACAACCUGCCCAACGACCUGGCCAUUCUCAUGUACUAUCCUGAUCCAGUACUAGAAAACUUCACAGAAACCAAGAUCUAUCAAGAGCUACAAGAACAUCUCAUUAUUAAGGGAAAAGGUCUUAAGUUGGCAGCUGACGAGCACGAUGUUACUAUAGAAAUAGACUGCGAGAAAUGUAAUGUCACAUCUAUGACAAAUGAAGCAAUUAUUUGUGAACCACCGACAGAAAAGCCUGUGUGUGGUAACAUAAAAGAUCACAAAUUAAUUGUUACAGUAAAUGUAGGAUUUUUGCAGAGGAAUGUAGGAAUUAUUCAAUACGAAGUUCAACAACCUGUCGGCCCUCAAGAUGUGACAAAGAAUGAAUACAUCAUUGCGGGAAGCAUUGUGGGACUUCUUGUUCUAUUGUCUGCUGGUGGCAUUUAUUGUUGUUGGUGUCAUGUGGAGAAAGCGUAAACACAUGAAGAAAGAAAAGAAAGGACUGGAAUACAAGAUGGACAAGUUAGAAGCAAAAUUUCGCACUCAGUGUAGGGAAGAGUUUGCCGCACUUCAAACUGCCGUAUCAGACCUAACAAGUGAUUUGGAAGGAGGGAACGUAUUGUUCCGUGACUAUGAUGUGUAUGCUAGUAAAACAUUAUUUACGUCACAGAAGUCAGAUACGUUGAUGGUCCCAC